AUGCUUGUUUUAACUCGUGACAGGUUUGGGCUCUGGAGAUUGAAGUACUCCGGGUACCUGGAACACACGGGUGAACCCUUCUGCACAACCUACAACAGCAAGUCUCCUGAGCUGAUGAAACUUGGAAAAGACAUCACGCUGCGGGGCCUGGAACUCGGCCUCAAAACAAUGAAGAAGGGAGAGGCGGCAAGAUUUGUCUUCGUGCCUGAUUACGCCUAUGGGCGGUUGGGCUGUCCUCCUCUCAUCCCCCCGAAUGCCACGGUCACAUUUGAGGUGGAGGUGCUGGACUUCAUAGACUCAGAUGAAUCUGACACCUUCUUCGAGUUGACUGCUGAGCAGCAGGAUACGAUUCCGCUACAAAAGGUGUUGAAGGUGGCAGACACGGAGAGACAGUUUGGCAACUACUUCUACCGUAGACAGCACUUCGAGAUUGCCAAAGACAAAUACAAAAGGGCACUCUCCAUCCUUGGUCGAAGCCCUGCCAGUGAGGCAGAGCAGCGUCAGAUUGAUGAGUUGAAGGUGCCACUGCUCCUGAAUCUCUCACUUACUUCCCUGAAACUGGGAUGUCCUGCCCGAGCUCUGGCAUACGGCGAGAACGCCUUGGAGAUCGACCAAAGAAAUGCCAAAGCACUGUUCAGGUGUGGCCAGGCUUGUCUCUGCAUGACAGAAUACAUAAAAGCCCGGGAUUUCCUCGUCAGAGCUCAGCGUGUAGAACCGUUUAACCACGAUAUUAAUGAAGAGCUGAAAAAAUGGGCAAGAUGCUACAGGGACUACAUGGAAAAGAAGAGAGAAAUGUGCCGCCGAAUGUUUACUGCUCUCAGUACUUCUGAGCGACCAGAAGGCAAG